AUGCGCUUCGGAUUGAAGUUUAAAUGGAGAAAAAGUGGCACCAACAAAUCGAGGAUUCCACAGCACCCGACAUCGACUCGGCAGAAGGCAGGAGGAUCGGGAAGUGACGCGGGCCCCAACCCCGCAGUCUCACCUUCCUCGUCGCAGUCUUCAUCCAAGGACAAGCAGCCCCUUUGGGAGAAAGCUUAUGAUGAGCUUCGCAGAGAUGAAGCCGAUCUGGUGGCAUCAUUUGAACGCAUUAUGACAUCAGAAUCGCAGGCGAGUCAGGAAUGGGACAGAUCCAGCAGCGCCCAGGAGACGCAGCCACAGAAUCGGCAGCAGCGACUGUCGCUCCUAGUCAACGAAAAGAUUAAGCAGAUGAACAAUCGAAAAUGGCGAUUCAAAAUCGGACAGAAAGAUGUGAAGGUACGAGAGAUGGUUGACCAGAUUGUCAAGAUCAUGAUGAUAGCAAAAGAUUGUGUGUCUGCGGCUGCUAAUUUGGAUCCUGUCCAUGUGGGAUUACCAUGGGCUGGAAUUUGUGUUCUACUUCCGCGGAACGAUGCAUUAGAUGGACUCGAGUACAUCUCCGUUGUUGUCAGCCGUUUCGUCGACAUUGAACAGCUUUAUUUGCAAGACAGACCCACCUCGGAAGGCCACGAUCUGGAGGUCGCGAUUGUGCAGCUAUAUCGCCAGGUCCUUGAAUACCAGGCCAGAUCUUCAUGCCAAUUCAACCGAAACACUGCGGUUCAAACUGUGAGAAAUAUGGUUACGGUAGAUAACUGGAAAGGCAUUAUUGAGAAGAUAAAGUCAUCUGAGACCGAAUGCGACAAGAUCAUGCGCAUUUUGGACAUCAAAGAUCAACGCGACCGGAUGCAAUCAUUGAAAUCAUUAAUGGAAGAGCAAGAGUGUAGGGUCCAAGAGGUCCUGAAAAUUUUUCAACUGGAGGAGAAGACUAGUCGGAAAAUUCUUGAACUGCUCCGCACGACUGACUACGAAACAUUUAAAGCACGAAACGGCAAACGAGUGCCUGGGACAUGCAGUUGGUUUCUACGGCAUAGAGUUUUUCAGGACUGGCAAACUAGUACAAUGGGUUACAGCUUGCUCUGGGUGUCUGCAGACCCUGGAUGUGGGAAAUCCGUGCUAGCAAGGUCUUUGAUCGAAAAUGAGUUGAAGAGCACCGAUUCUCGCAGCACAUGCUAUUUCUUCUUCAAAGAAGACAAUGAUAGGCAGCGUACUAUAACUGUCGCUCUCUGCGCCUUGCUACACCAGCUCUUCGCGCAAAACCCCGCGCUCAUCAGGCAUGCUCAAUCGGCUUACUCCGUGGAAGGGGAAAACCUACGGGAACUGGCCUUUCAGUUGUGGGACAUACUGGUCAGGGCCUCAUCUGAUCCCGAGGCAGGCGAAAUUGUCUGUGUCCUUGAUGCCCUCGAUGAAUGCGAAGAACUGAGUCGUCGCCAAUUCAUAGGGAGGCUGACGGAGCUCUUCGAAAACAACCACGACAAUAAAGAAAAGAAAGCUAGACUGAAACUUCUGGUCACCAGCCGCCUUUACUUUGAUAUUGAACGGUCUUUCCGCCCAAUGACAAAACAGUCCUCCGUGAUCCACCUAAAAGGGGAAGAAGAGUCGAAGGCAAUCAGCGUUGAAAUUGAUCUUGUGAUCAAAUCAGAGAUUCCAAAAAUCACCGAAGAGUUCUAUCUGAGUUCAAAAGAACAAGACUUUCUGGAACAGGAGCUCCUCAGUGUGCCGCACAGGACAUACCUCUGGCUAAAAUUGAUCCUUGAGGUGAUUCACAAUGAACUGUCUGUCACUGAAACGAAACUACGUCGGAUCCUUGGAACUAUUCCCAGCUCGCUAGACAAAGCCUAUGAUGCAAUCCUUAAUAGAAGCCCUGAUAUCGAGCGGGCUCGCAAGCUGCUUACUCUUGUGGUUUCUGCCGUUCGUCCCUUGACUCUGGGAGAGAUGCGUGUCGCUUUGGCAUUGAAACCAGACAGCCGAUCUUACGAUCAACUGGAUCUAGAGAAUGAAAGCACCUUUGAGAUGACUGUCAGAAAUUUAUGUGGCUUGUUUCCUCUCCCUGAGGAUCCUCGACAUAUUCCUAAUUCCUUGAUGCGCUUUUCUCUUCUUGGAAUUCCUGUCGCAGUCAAGUCUUUGCUGGAUGAAAUGAAAGGGGUUGCCUACUACCACAGUAUUUGUCCUUUGCGAUUUGUGAAUGCGCAAGGUGGAUCUGGCCAGACAGCACUGUCGUUGGUUGCACAAAAGGGAGACCUGGAAAUGGUCACAAUACUACUUACACAUGGCGCAGAUGUGAAUGCAAGGAAAAAAAACGGCGCCCCGCCCCUUUCCCUGGCUGCCGCAGAGGGACAUGAGGCAACAGCCAAUCUACUCCUCGAAUAUGGAGCUAAAGUCGAAUGCAAAGACAAGCACGGACAUCCGCCUCUGUGGUACGCGGUUUGCCGCGGGAAAAGCAUUUCCAUAAUAAAAGCAUUACUUGACUGGGGGGCCAACCUUGAAUACCAGGAUCGAGCCGGCCGAACUGUAUUGUUCUGGGCAGCUUUGACCGACGAUGAGUCACUAGUCAGGCUGAUCCUCAGCAAAGGUGCAAACAUGGACCACAAGGAUAAAAAGGGCAUGACUCCUUUCCUAUAUGCUGCAGCUAAAAAGCGUCCCCGUGCGCUCAAAGUAUUCCUCGAAAGUAACGCCAAUGUCAAUGCCAUUGGCCCUCGAGGAUGCAGCGCUCUAUGUCUCUCUGCUGAAUUCUGGCCGUUAAAACCGGAAUCUUUCUAUAGAUGUGAGCCUGACGAUAAACAUGAGUUGACUAAAAAGCUAUGCCUUGAGACUAUGAGGGUUUUGCUGGACAAUGGAGCAGAUCCUGAGAUCGAAAAUGUCGACGGCCAAACAGCACUAUCACGCGCUGUAUACCACAACUCAUUUUAUGGUGCAGAUUUAUUGUUAGAGCGCGGGGCAAAUCUUGAACAUGUUGACUUGAAGCAUCGAACUCCUCUCCAGAUUGCUUGCAGCCAGAAACCGGGGGUGGAAUUUAUGUUCCAUUACACUGCAGAGCCAUCGGUGGAGAUUUUGCUCCGUCAUGGAGCAAACAUCGAGCACAAAGAUAAUUUGGGAUUUACUGCGCUUGCGUUGGCGAGCAUGCAUAAUUUCCACUCCCUUGCCAGGAAUCUGCUCAAUCAUGGAGCCAGAAUCGAGACCCGGGAUAACUUGCUGUUUACACCUCUUGGGAAGGCCGCCUAUGAAGGCUGGUAUCAAGUUGUGACAACACUUCUCAUGAUGGGAGCCCACGUGGAAGUCAAGAAUACGAGCGGUCUGACUCCCCUUGCGCUGGCUGUCAUGAACUCCCAGCAGCGAAAACCAUAUGAUAGUCCUAGGAAGCGCGACAGUUUAACUCGAAACCAUGUUCAAGCGGAUGAACAGGUCUUGUUGCCAGAGUCCCAUCCGACUGCCACAGUGAAAAUUGGCGAUUCUUUGUCGAUGCAGCGAGAUACCACUGCCAAUCAUGAGAAUAUUUACACGCCUCGAAACCACCUCCGAGUGGCUGAGCUGCUUUUGUUGCGCAAGGCGGACGUGAGCGUCACUGCGGAAAAUGGCCAAUCCCUUUUGUUAAUUGCGGUGUGCAACGGAGAUGUAGAAAUGGUGCGGCUGUUACUUAAAUGGGGCGCAAACAUGGAAUGGCAGGAGGGGGACGAAAUAACCGCCAUUACUUGCGCCGAAGCCAACGGCCACCAAGAAAUAUUGGCGCUUCUCCGGGGAAAAGUGGAAAAGUAG